CUUAUAAUAAGAAUAUACACUCAUAAAUAGUAUAAUUAUGGAGCAUAAAACAAACAUCAAAGAAGGAGUCAUUGAUAAAUUAAUCAGCUUUGAUCUUUCAACACCUGAAUAUAACCAAGAAACUUAUUCUGGAAGGUUUAUGACAUUAUUCAGAACUCAGAACCCCUUUUUCACCUUUGCCAGCACUUCAAAAAUCAAUGCGGCAAGAAAGAUGGUCGCAGAAUAUGAGAAAACAAAGGAAGAGUUUAAAAGCCAAAAUAAAACCUUGCUCAUCACUAAAGAAGAGGCGAAAAAUCUGAGAAAUGCUCAGUAUCUUAUUGGCUCAUCUGUUCAUCCUGACACUAACCAAAUAUUGGCUCCCUACCAGAGAUUCUGCUCUUACUCAGUCAUCAAUAUUCCAAUCCUAUUUGGAAUGAUUCUUAGUAAGCAAACUACAGGAACAGUGAUCUUCUGGCAAUGGAUAAACCAGACUUAUAAUGCAGCUAUAAAUUACUCUAAUAGAAAUGCAUCCUCAGAUCUUGGCACGAGCGGAUUGCUCAAAGCCUACAGUGCUGCUGUGAUCUCAUCGAUCUCUAUUGGGCUCGGAAUGAAAAGACUCUUAGCGCCAUAUUCGAGAAAAUUUAAAGGGCCAGGCCAACUUUUCUUCAACUUCAUCAUCAAUGUGUCUGCUAUUGGGUCAGCAGGAGUCAUCAAUGUGCUCAUUAUGAGAUCUGAAGAGAUGAAGAAAGGUAUUACUCUUACUGAUUCCAAAGGGAAUGAAGUUGGAAAAUCACCUAUUAUCGGCAAAGAUGCUGUCACCAAGACAGCCCUGAGCAGAGUCAUUCUGCCAAUCCCACCAUUGUUGCUUCCUACAAUAGCUUUCUUCUUUAUGGAAAAGAGAAGCUUGGUUCCAAAAAGCCGGAUAGCUAAAGCUCUUACUGAAUCAGUUAUCUUCUUUUGCAGUAUGGUGUUUGCUCCUCCGAUGUGCUGCGCUCUUUUCAAGCAAAACUGUUCUGUCGAGGUUACAAAGUUGGAGAAGGAGUUUCACCAUCUGAUUGAUAUUGAUGGAAAGCCUAUUGCCGAGCUUUAUUACAACAAAGGUCUCUAAGUUUUUCUUCUCAAUUUGAAACAGAUCUUUUUCACUUCUUUACCAAAAAUGAUGGAUGAAAAGUUUUCUCUAAAUAAUUGAUU